UUCGGCUGCCGGGGUCCGUCGUCGUCAUGGACUCUCCGUGGGAUGAGCUGACCCUUGCCUUUUCUCGCACGUCUAUGUUUCCCUUUUUUGACAUCGCUCACUACCUGGUGUCUGUGAUGGCGCUGAAGCGUCAGCCGGAUUGGAACAGGUCACCAUUUCUUGAGUUAUCACCAGUUGCAUAUCAUAAAACCUUGGCAUCACUUCACUUGACAGGAUGUGUACAGCACAGAAAAUGCCCAUCUGCCAACUCAUUUGCACUCCUGGGCACAUUUUGUUAUGUGGAAUGGAGCUGUGGCAGUGGCAUGGAAGAAUCCUCUUUCAAGCUGGUUCACUGCUAUGCUCCAUUGCUUUGGUGGAGGAAUUUUAUCCUGUGUAUUGCUUGCGGAGCCUCCGUUGAGGUUUCUUGCAAACAACACUAAUAUAUUACUGGCAUCUUCGAUCUGGUAUAUUACAUUUUUUUGCCCAUGUGACCUAGUUUCCCAGGGCUAUUCUUUCCUACCUGUUCAACUCUUGGCUGCAGGAAUGAAGGAAGUGACCAGAACUUGGAAAAUAGUAGGUGGAGUCACACAUGCAAAUAACUAUUACAAAAAUGGCUGGAUAGUCAUGAUAGCUGUUGGAUGGGCCCGAGGUGCAGGUGGUAGCAUUAUCACGAAUUUUGAGCAGUUGGUAAAAGGAGGUUGGAAACCAGAAGCUAAUGAAUGGCUGAAGAUGUCCUACCCUGCCAAGGUAACCCUACUGGGGUCAGUUAUCUUCACAUUCCAGCACACCAAACAUCUGGCAGUAUCAAGGCAUAAUCUUAUGUUCCUUUAUACCAUGUUUCUUGUGGCCACAAAGAUAACCAUGAUGAUUACAGAGACUGCUACUGUGCCUUUUGCUCUCUUUGAGGACGCAUUGAGCCGGAUGCUGUUUGGUUGGCAGCAGCAGUUUACACCAUGUGAAAAGAAAAGUGAAACAAAAUCAUCUUUUAAUGGUACUGGUUCAUCGACCUCAAAACCUAUAGCUGUUGCUUCAGAUACUGUUAAAAAGAAACAUACCAAGAAGACUUAGUAAAUUUACUGUAUGAGCUCUAAAGGCAGAAUUUUUUUUCUUACCUACCUGACAGAUGGUGAUAAAUAUUUGUAUGUAAAUGAUGUGAAAUAAAGUUUAUAUAAGGAAUGGAGGUGACAAAAAGAAAGAACUUCUUUCUAUUUUAGGGAGAUUGUCUUUUUCUGGAUUGUAAUUUCUGAGUGUUAUGAGUGUAUCAUGUGAAAUUGUUUUUCUAAGUUAUAUAUAAAAGAUUCUAUUGUGAUUAUUUAAAAUUUUUUAUAUUGAUAAAGGGGGCUUGAUUUUUUUUCCUAAUGUUAGAAAAAGUAAACUUGCUAUGAUUGCAAACUAAUAAAAAUUAAAGCCUUUGUUUUAUUUAGGUAUUUUCAAACACAUUUUUUAUUUGAAUCUGAGCUCUAGUUCCGCAAAAUUAAACUUUUACUUUAUGUGAUCAGUAUAAUUCCUAGAUAUGGGAAACAAUUCUUAUUUAAUUUUGAGCACUGGGAAAAGUAAACCUUCUCUAAAUCACUUUAUAUUAUGAAUGAAAAUAAAUGACUAGUUUAUAUUUCAGGUAUAAAUACUGUAUUUUUUAAUGUACAUUAAAUGGAAAAUAUUUGAAAUUUUAUUUAAUUUUUUAAAAUAGUUCUAUUUUUCAUUGAGAACAGAGUAUUGGUAUGAGUCUCAAUCUGAAGUCUAUUUCAUGCCCUUGUUUAUAAUGUUCCUUUUUUUCAAAAGAAAAUUAGGGGUGAAAUUUUUAAUAAAUUACUAAACCCAAGUUUUGUUUUGUAAGUUUCAUUUUAGAAAGUUAUUUUUUCUCUUUAAAACAUUCAUUUUAAUUGUAGAAUAAAUCAUUCUUGUCAGCA